GCUUUGAACUAUGGUACUGAACGACAUCUCAGUACUCUCACCGACCUCUUCAACAACCACCGUCAUGGACGACGCACCAUGGAUGCGAGACGUUCUGCGUCUCGCCAUGACGGCCACCGCAUCAACCCAAGUCGCCGAUUUACAGAGCUUUGAGACCACCGCUGGCGGAGACAAGCUCACAGACCCAAAGGAUCCGGGCAAAGACCCUCGGUUCAGGAAGCUGGUCGAGGCGAUAUUGUUCAGCAGGAGGUUCCUAAACACGUAUAACUUCGUGUUGCUGGGCGUGUUGGUCGUGUUUACCGCGUGGCAUUGGGGGGAGAAACUGGUCCUGCAUAGAAGGAAGAGGCGAAACGAUAGGAGAAGAGUGACGGCCAAGAAUGGAGCGGUAGAAGAUGCCGAUGCUUGGAGUAGCUCGAGUAGUACUAUUGAAGGUGCUACAACACCUCCGGAUGCUGCUUCACAAAAUAAGACGGACGACGCCAACGAGUCGAGUCCGUUGCUUUCUGGCCAGCCUAGACGGACGUCCUCUGGUCUUUGGAGGCCGUACUACAUCGUCAAGGCGGUGUUGCAGUACCAACCGCCUCGCAUACCAGUUAUCAACAAGACUCUUCCCACAAACGCCGUCUCGCUGUUCGUUCUCGCUUGGAUUGGCUUGAAUGUUUUCUACAACCUCUAUCGCAUGCCCUUGUCCUUUAUGUAUCUCUUUUGCUUUGCUGACCGAUGUGGCAUCAUCUUCAUCGUCAAUCUACCUCUAUUGUAUCUUCUCGCUGCGAAGAAUCAGCCCAUAAAGUUCUUGACAGGCUACUCAUACGAAAGCCUGAACAUCUUUCACAGAAGAGUCGGAGAAUUGAUGUGUCUCGAAGCAUUCCUACACUUCCUAGGCAUGAUCGCAGUCUGGUACGGACUACUCCGUCACCUAGGUCUCACGCUUUCAAAAUUCCUCCUCAACCGCGUCGUCCUCCUCGGUCUCGCUGCCUUGAUCGCAUACGAGCUGAUAUACUUCACAUCGCUCGGUAGCUUCCGCCAACGCUGGUACGAAGUUUUCCUCGCAACACAUAUCAUCCUCCAGGUUGCUGGUCUUGUGUUUCUCUGGUUCCACCACUACACAUCCCGCCCUUACGUCGGCAUCUCACUCGCCAUCUUCCUCAUCGAUCGCCUCGUGUACAGAUUAUGGUUGAAAUCGAGCACCCACCCGGCAACGCUCACCGUCCUCGACGACGAAACAGUCCUGCUAUCCUCCAACUGGGCCGUUAGCAAGAAAUCCCCCCUCACACCAGCCAACAUGAACCACGGCUGGAACCCAAACGAACACAUCUUCAUCUCCGUCCCCGCUCUAUCCCGCAAACACGCCAUCCAAUCCCACCCCUUCACCAUCUUCUCCGCCGCCCCAACCACAACCACCACAACCUCCGACGCAGACACCGACGCAAAACACGCCUGGUUCACCCUCCUCAUCCGCGCCCAAUCGCACGCAGGCUUCACACACACCCUCCUGCGCCACGCGCACUCGCACCCGCAAACACGGAUCCGCCUCGACGGUCCCUACGGCUCCUCGCACGCCCUCGACUUCCUCUCCGCGUCCCAAACCGCCAUCCUAGUCGCUGGCGGCUCCGGCAUCGCAGUCGCAUACCCCCUCCUCUACGCCCUGCUACGCCCUUCUACCGACCUCGAGGCCCCGCCUACGACGCCCACGAAGAGAGUCAAGUUGUUGUGGAUUACGCACGCGGCUAAUCACCGCCAGUGGAUCCCGGAGGAUAAGCUUAAGGAGUUGGAGGGGUGGGGGUUGGAUGUUGUGAUCCCGCGGCCGACGGCGGAGGCGGGGCGUCCGGAUGUUGGGAGUAUCUUGGAGAGAUGGGUGGGUGAUGGGAGGGCGGGAGUUGUUGUUUCGGGGCCGGAGGGGCUGGUUAGGGAUGUACGGAAUACGUGUGUGGGGUUGAUUUGGAAGGGGAAGGAUGUUGAUGUUCAGGUUGAGACUUUUGGGUGGUGAGUGUAUAUAGAUGGAACGUCCUUUUCGUAUGCGGUUCUUUUCGUUGGGAAAUUUGAUUGGUACAUGUCUGGGAUAUAUUUUAGUAGCGUUUUCGAUCGUUCUGUUCUCGCCAUUAUUAGAUGGCAAGGUGAUCCGGAGAUAUAUACUUAAUGAGCUCUGGUUUGCUUGAUAGCGGUAUACAUCUUCUCAC